UGCCAUCUCCGCGUGGUGGGCGUAGGAUAAGAAAGGAUUACCUUAAGGAAAACGACAGGAGACACCGCCGUAUAGAUGCUGGAUCAAACGCAGUGUAAGAAAUGAAAGGCAGAAGCAACUAGCUGUCUCCUCUGUUCCUUGACAAGUAGGGUUUAUAGGUGAAGCGCAUCACCGUCAUCUUCUUCAAAAUCCCCGACGGAAAAUCAAAUUCCAGAGAAGAAAGAUUUACUUGCAGACAGAUUUGGGGAUGGGGCUUCUUUCUAACAGGAUCGCCAAGGAGAGCCUGAAGCCAGGAGAUCAUAUAUACUCGUGGAGGGCUGCAUAUAUAUAUGCGCAUCACGGAAUCUACAUCGGGGAUGAUAAAGUAAUUCAUUUCACCAGACGAGGUCAAGAAGUAGGAACAGGAACUGUGCUUGAUCUUCUGUUGGUUAGCUCAGGGCCAGCCAACCCUCGAGUGCCUUGCGCCACUUGCGCUACACAGCAAGAGGGACACGGGGUUAUCCUCUCAUGCUUGAACUGCUUCCUUGCUGGAGGUAUCUUGUAUCGCUUCGAGUAUGAUGUCAACCCUGCUCUAUUUCUUGCUAAAGCACGCGGUGGAACUUGUACCCUUGCAGUAUCAGACCCAAAUGAUGUUGUGGUACACCGGGCAAAAUUCCUGCUUGAGCAUGGCUUUGGGUGUUAUAAUGUGUUUAAGAACAAUUGUGAAGAUUUUGCAAUUUAUUGCAAAACUGGACUCCUUGUUGUAGAUCAAGGAACAAUGGGACAGAGUGGCCAGGCUGCAUCCAUUAUAGGGGGCCCUCUCGCGGCUGUUCUGUCUACACCAUUGCGUCUCGUCACAACCAAUAUCUACGGGAUGGCAGCAACAGCCGUAGGAGUUUACUGCAUUAGCAGAUAUGCUGCUGAUAUUGGCAUGAGGAGGGAUGUGCUGAAGGUCUCAGUGGAGGAUCUGACAAGGAGGUUGGCCACGGGCUCACUCCGGGUGGUUGAAAAUCAAAUUUUAGCAACACCAAUUCAAGAGUCUUGAUAAUUGGGCACCAAAAAUAAUAGUCGGAGUUACUCUUUGUUCUAUUUAGCUAGUGAAUAAUUGGUUUGUAUCGGGACUAUGAUUCCAGCACACGAGUUGCAUCUUCUUUAUCAUGUGAUAUCGUGUUGCUUUAUCUGCAUGUUUUAUGUGAUAUUGUAACAUGCAAGGAUUGUUGGUCUGUUUAAGUAAAAAAAUAUAUUUAAGGUUAAA